GGAGGUGGGCCCUGGGAAGUUUCGCUUGCUGGCCCCGGCGCAGGGGCGGCGGCGGAAGGGGCGACGGAUCCAGCCUCCACGGCGGCGUUCUGUGACAUCUCUGCCUGCUUCCUCUCGUCCUCUGCCGGCUGGUGGUGAGCGGCCAAAGCCGCAGCGGGCCCGAGACGUGCGACCCAAAGUUUUCGUGACGUCUUAAACAUGAGCCCCACCCAGUGGGACUUCCCUGUGGAAUUAUGUUGUCGGCCUAUGGCUUUCGUCACUCUCACAGGCCUGGAUGUGGUCUAUAAUGCUGUCCAUCGAGCUGUCUGGGAUGCCUUCUGUGCCAACCGGAGGGCUGAUCGGGUACCGAUUUCUUUCAAGGUGCUCCCAGGUGACCACGAGUAUCCUAAAUGUAGACCCAAGAGAACUUCGUAUGAAUGGUACAUCCCCAAAGGGAUCUUAAAAACUGGCUGGAUGAACAAACAUCUGAAUCUGGUGCCAGCCCUGGUGGUCGUGUUUUAUGAACUGGACUGGGACGAGCCCCAGUGGAAGGAGAAGCAGUCCGAAUGUGCCACCAGAGUGGAAAUAGUCAGGCAGAGUUUACAAGGGAGAAACACCAAAGUUGCAGUGGUUCUGAUUCAGAAGAAAACCCCCUUACCCCCAGGAGAAGAUGUCAUUGCUUCAGAAAGGGCUGCAGCCUUAUGCAACGCGUGUGAGCUCUCAGGAAAGUCUUUGUUUGUACUACCCCAUACAGACCACCUUGUGGGUUAUAUUAUAAGAUUAGAAAAUGCCUUUUAUGAACAUGCACAGACUUAUUACUACACCGAGAUUAGAAGAGUGAAAUCUCAUAAAGAAUUUUUGAAUAAAACAACACACCAGCUUUUAUUUGUUAGACAUCAGUUCAAAAUAGCUUUCUUCAGUGAGUUGAAACAAGAUACACAGAAUGCUCUGAAGAAUUACAGGACCGCCUAUAACCUUGUACAUGAAUUGAGAGCCCAUGAAACUAACAUUCUGGAAAUUAAGACCAUGGCAGGAUUUAUAAACUACAAGAUCUGUAGGUUGUGUUUUCAACACAACACCCCGCUGGAUGCAAUCGCUCAGUUCCGAAAGCAUAUUGACUUGUGUAAGAAAAAAAUUGGAAGUGCAGAGUUGGCUUUUGAGCAUGCAGCAUGGAUGUCUAAACAAUUCCAGGCCUUUGGAGAUUUAUUUGAUGAAGCUAUUAAGUUGGGGUUGACAGCUAUUCAAACUCAGAAUCCUGGUUUCUAUUAUCAGCAGGCAGCGUACUAUGCCCAGGAGCGGAAACAGGUUGCCAAAGCCCUCUGUAACCAUGAAGCUUCUGUAACGUAUCCCAACCCUGAUCCCUUAGAAACGCAAGCAGGCGUUCUUGACUUCUAUGGACAACGAUCAUGGCGACAAGGAAUACUCAGCUUUGAUCUUUCGGAUCCCGAAAAAGAGAAGGUGGGGAUUCUUGCCAUUCAGCUGAAGGAGAGAAGUGUUGUUCACUCUGAAGUAAUAAUAACUCUUCUGAGCAAUGCUGUUGCACAGUUUAAGAAAUAUAAGUGUCCAAGAAUGAAGAGUCACCUGAUGGUUCAAAUGGGAGAGGAAUAUUACUAUGCAAAGGAUUAUACCAAAGCUUUGAAGUUGCUAGAUUACGUGAUGUGUGAUUAUCGGAGUGAAGGGUGGUGGACCCUGCUCACGUCUAUACUGACCACGGCUCUGAAGUGUUCCUACCUCAUGGCCCAGCUGAAAGAUUACAUCACUUACUCCCUGGAACUCCUUGGCAGAGCUUCAACGCUGAAAGAUGACCAGAAAUCUCGGAUAGAAAAAAACCUCAUAAAUGUUUUAAUGAAUGAAAGUCCUGAUCCUGAACCUGACUGUGAUAUCUUAGCUGUGAAAACUGCUCAGAAGCUGUGGGCAGACCGAAUCUCUCUGGCUGGCAGCAAUGUUUUCACAAUAGGCGUACAAGACUUUGUGCCAUUUGUGCAAUGCAAAGCCAAGUUCCAUGCUCCAAGUUUUCAUGUCGAUGUUCCUGUGCAGUUUGAUGUUUAUCUGAAGGCUGAUUGUCCACAUCCCAUUCGGUUUUCUAAGCUCUGUAUCAGCUUUAAUAAUCAGGAAUACAACCAGUUCUGUGUAAUCGAAGAAGCAUCCAAAGCAAGUGACGUUUUAGAAAAUUUGACUCAAGGCAAGAUGUGUUUAGUUCCUGGUAAAACAAGGAAGUUUUUAUUUAAAUUUGUUGCAAAAACUGAAGAUGUAGGAAAGAAAAUUGAGAUUACGUCCGUGGAUCUGGUUCUGGGCAGCGAGGCGGGCAGGUGUGUGGUCCUGAACUGGCAGGGAGGAGGCGGGGACGCUGCGUCCGCCCAGGAGGCCCUGCAGGCCUCGCGCUCUUUCAAACGAAGACCCAGGCUCCCCGACAGCGAGGUCCACUGGGACGGCAUCGUGAUCCAGGCGAGCACCAUGAUCAUAUCCAGAGUUCCCAACGUUUCGGUCCAUCUGCGACAUGACCCCCCGGCCCUGACUAACGAAAUGUACUGUUUGGUUGUGACCGUUCAGUCCCACGAGAAGACCCCGAUCAGAGAUGUGAAGCUCACUGCUGGUUUAAAACCUGGACAGGAUGCCAAUUUAACUCAGAAAACGCAUGUGACUCUUCAUGGGACAGAACUGUGUGACGAGUCCUACCCGGCUCUGCUCACUGACAUUCCUGUCGGGGACUUACAGCCCGGGGAACAGCUGGAAAAAACGUUAUAUGUUCGCUGUGGAACAGUGGGCUCGAGAAUGUUUCUUGUGUAUGUUUCUUACCUGAUCAAUACAACGAUCGAAGGAAAAGAAAUUGUUUGCAAAUGCCACAAGGAUGAAACUGUAACAAUAGAAACGGUCUUUCCAUUUGACGUUGCAGUUAAAUUUGUUUCUACAAAGUUCGAGCACUUGGAAAGGGUUUAUGCGGACAUCCCCUUCCUGCUCAUGACGGACCUGUUGAGCGCCUCCCCCUGGGCCCUCACCAUCGUCUCCAGUGAGCUGCAGCUAGCUCCCUCCAUGACCCCCAUGGACCAGCUGGAGUCCCAGGUGGACAGAGUCGUCUUGCAGACUGGAGAGAGCGCCAGCGAGUGCUUCUGCCUGCGAUGCCCGUCGGCUGGAAAUGUUGAAGGCGGAGUAGCAACCGGGCAUUAUAUUAUCUCCUGGAAGAGGACUUCAGCAAUGGACAGCAUCCCCGUCAUCAGCACCGUCAUCACCCUGCCCCACGUGAUCGUGGAAAACAUCCCUCUCCAUGUGAACGCAGAUCUGCCAUCAUUCGGGCGUGUCAGAGAGUCGCUACCUGUCAGGUAUCACCUGCAGAAUAAGACUGACUUAGUUCAAGACGUGGAGAUUUCCGUGGAGCCCAGUGAUGCCUUCAUGUUCUCAGGACUUAAACAGAUUCGAUUACGUAUCCUCCCUGGCACAGAACAGGAGAUGUUAUAUAACUUCUACCCUCUGAUGGCUGGGUACCAGCAGCUGCCGUCUCUCAACAUCAACUUGCUCAGGUUUCCCAACUUCACAAAUCAACUGCUCAGGCGCUUCAUACCAACUAGUAUUUUUGUAAAGCCACAGGGCCGGCUCAUGGACGACGCCUCCAUCGCGGCCGCGUGAGAUUCAGGACGGGCCUCAGCCGUUCUCAGAGAAACUGGACAGAACUGUGUGAUUGUUUCCUGGUGAGCUGUACUUGAUCAUGGUACAGGUUAAUCUUCUCUAUUUUUUAAUGGAUGUUACACCAACUCUUCAGAGGAAGUCAUCCUAAAAUAUUAGGAAAAUCUCUCUUCUAGUUUGACUAAUAAAUAUUUGAAAUCUGUCAGCGUGACGUGAAAGGGUGUUAGCCCUUUGUUUUUGUUGAAAGUUGUUUUGUGGACACGGGCGUCUUCCCAGUUAAGGGGGUUUUAUAUGUGCAGUAGCCGAGGAAAGUUAAGUCUCUGAAAUACGCCUGGACAAGGGGAGCCAAGCACCAGUGUCUCCCCUGGAAAGCUUGGAAUCCCCGUGGGUGCCUUUGAGAGUUGGCUAAACCAGAGAUGGAAUAGAAUAAAUCUGUUCUCAUGCAUCUAACGUCUGUUCAGAGUCCAUACAGAGGAACCAGAAAGCAGUCACGGGACUGACAGAGACAGCUUCCAAAAAGUUUUAAUGAAAGCAGUUUAAGAUGUCUAAAAAAAACAACCUUUGCUUACCACCAAAACAUUUCAGAUAGGUUCAGCUUGCUUGGUUCGUUUAUGAAGCAGGUUCGUAAACAAGAUCCUCACCUGUCAGGAUCUGAACUGCAAGAUACUCAGCAUAAUCUCCUAAACUGAAAGUUUUAGAGAAAGAUGCAAGGUCUAAAUCUAAAGUUCUAGAGCUUUUAGUUAUGUCGUGCAGGUUGAAAAGAACUGUUUAAAACUCUUGAAAAUUCAUGUACAUAAACAUAUUGUGAAAAUCCUCUGUUAAAAUAUCUUAAUGUAAAACUCCCCCGUUGUUCAGAAAUUUUUAUUAUUUAAAAGUAUAGGAGUUGUAAAAAGGAAAAGAAUGGUGUAAAUAAAUAACUUUCUCUUUCACACA